UUGUUUUCACAUUUUUUAGAAGCCUCAAGAGAGAACUGCAAGAGCAAAAAUACUUUAUCCACCCCUCGGGUGGACUGUGACGUCUCCCUCCCUCUUGGCGGGCAGGAAAUUUUACUUUUUCUCUCAGGGUCUGGUGGUGCUGCGAGGCGCGAGGGAUGUGAGGAGGGAGCGAGAUGAGCUAUCUGCUCAGUCCAAUGCUAUAAAAUGAGAGGGAAAAUUAAUGAUGAGAGAGUGGGUGAAGGCGGUGCACUGUUUGUCAGAUAUCCGCAGUCGACGGUAUCACACUGCCCAAAGAGGGACAUGCCAUUUCUCGUGAUGGAAGGAGAAAAGGAGAAGAGAGAAUCAAACAUAUUGUGAUAUAAAAGCACCAAUUUUAAUUAAUGAAGUAGUGAUAAAAUUGUGGAGGAAAAAUAAUCCCGGAGGGAUGGCGAACCGCCCGAAAAUCGAAGUCGUUAGGGUAUCGUCGAUAGAGAGGAGGAAUUUUCGACCGCUUGAUGGCAUUCAACUGAGGGCGACCUUCAGUCAUGUGAGGAUCGGUACAUACUGCCCAGAACCUGAGAAGGACAUCAUACCGUGUGAGAAUAAACCACCGAGUCAAGGGCGGAAGUAUAAAAAGAAUUUGGGACCAGUUUCAAGACUGCUAAGGCGUCGUCAUCAGGGGACGUACCUCGCAACUAAAUCCUGUGAUAACAUUUAUAACGUCAAUAGAAAUAGUACGUCAUUGGACUGGCGUUCGAGUCAGAGUCCAACAGAUGCAGCCCUUAACGCUCGUCAAAGCAGUAGUUUAGACUGGCGAAUAGGCCGGAGAAUAAAUUCAGACUGGCAAGACAUCAGUUGCAGUGCUGAACAACUACACUCCAGAAAUGUAAACUUCAACGUCAUUGGAUUGAGAACCCCCACUGCUAAAUCAAAAAUAGUUUCACUGCUCCGAAGACUUUCCCCUCGUCUUCCGAGGCCAAACAGCAAGAGUUCCCCGUCCUCGUCGUCCACUGUGUGCCCGUGGAUUCGUGUGGAGUAUUCAACCGAGUCCAUGGACAAUUGGCGUCGUGAAGUGUCUCAGGAAACCGAUGUGAGUUUUCAACAAGAGUUACAAUUGAAUGAGCUCAGAAAAAGGAUUGCCAGUGCCUCGCCUUCCUCCUCCCAAUCACAGGUGCUUGUUACUGAGGCCCUCAGCAACGAACGAUUGGACAUCAAUGAAAAUGCUGAAAAUAAUGUUGUCAACGGGGAGAAUGGAGCCAGUGACUCGAGAACUGUCCACGAGGAUCGUAAACCAGGGGUGGACAAUCGUCGUCCGCGUCCAAAGAGUGGUACGUGUCACAGCGAAGUGGCGGGCCUUGAGGAGGAUAACGGCAACGAUACGACGGUGACAGUGGUACCAGGCGGUGGUGGCAGCGGGUCAAGUGGCAGGUCGUCGAAUCGUCGUAACCGGCCACUAUCACUCGCUGUCCAACCGCUGAAUUAUCAACAUCUGGAUCCCGAUAGUAUUUGCCGUGGUGGAAUUAAACAUCCAAAUAUGACUAGCCAGGAGUCCAUCGGCAGUUGCAGCCUCGACGUCGAUCGCUCCGUCUCCGACCGAUCAGAAGCAACAGUCGACUCGAUAUCUGAACGAACACUUCACAGUCUGAAUCUGUCAAACGGGGAUACAACUUCACCAGCGGAUAAUCCUGUCAACGGCAGUAACGAAACGAUUUCGAAGACCCAGGGAAACACACCGGACAAGGACAAUAUAAAUGGCGAGAACGAAGUUGAGCAGCUGACAGCUAAGAAACCUAGCUAUCUGGGAUUGGCUUGCAGUAUUAGUGGAUAUUCAGGGAUCACCAGAUACGACAGCAAACUCAGAGAGGGAUUCAGAUCGAGAGACAGUAGUCCUGGAUCAAGACUAAUCACACGAGAAACAAGCCCUGCAGGUUUCAGGUCAAGUGAAAAUCUUGGAAUACCAUCAAAAAGUCAAUCUAUAUCUCCACUAGCAAUGGAUCGUCAGAACGGCUUCAGCAACGGUAACAAGGAGUGCCGAGUUGCGACAUUCGUCGAAUCUCGAAGCUCUUUGAGCACUUGUCAAGGCUUUUCAGAGGUAGACAGAGGUGUUCCCAUCCACUCGUUCAGCGAUAUUAGUCCUAUACGAGGUUCUCCAAAGCGUUUGACACAAAUGACAACCUGCAGAGAGACGAAAACCUUCACCUCAACGAUAACAGUCUCAUCACCGAAGUCAUCGAACACCAGUAAUUUAUCUAGUAAUUGUCUCAACGAGAGUAAUCUAACGAAUGGUUCAACGGUGGGAACCGAUAAUCAAACGCUCAAUUCGUCCUGCAAGAAGUCCUUUAUCCAGCAGAGGGUGGAGAGGUUGUAUGGACCCGGUGCACUUGCCCAGGGAUUCUUCUUCAAACGAUCAUUGAAUCAGUCAACCAGUAGUGAAAGUAGCUUUAAUAAAUCCAGUAACAACAAUGACUCUUUGGUGGACAAUGCCAAUACCGAGGAGUCCCUGAAAAAUCUACCUGUUCUGAGACACCUGAGACCUGAAUUCAGGGCACAACUGCCCGUGGUCAGUCCAAGAAGGCCCACUGAUGGCAGUGAACAGGUAUUCAAGCCUCUGCAAAGGUUAUCCCCAGCUGUUGGAAAAAAUGAUGCUAAACUCGCGGCUACUCCUCCCUCGAUUAAAAUAUCUGAUCACGAGAGUUUCAAGUUGAGUACCAGCGUCACCAGCAUUCCGGAUCAACAGCCAGCUGCACUGGAGGUUGUUUUACCGGUGCUUGAACCGAGUGCCAGUGCUACCAGUGUUCCCGAGACCCUAAAAUCUAUGCAGGAGAGUCAAACUGAGGAGAAAGAUGGGCAUUAUUUUAUUAAGUUAUUGAAGGCUGAGAUUGAGAGAUUGUUCAAGCUUGCCGCAUCCGCGGAAGAUGAAUUGGAGAGUGGUGAACAACUGCCGGAGGAAGCUGCUGGAAAACUCAGGUCCGCUGCGGGAAAAGCUAGGCUAUUGGCCACGCAGAAAAUGCAGCAGUUUGAAGGCCUCUGUCAUAAAAAUAUUAAUCAAAUUCCUGGGGAGGAGUUCCCUACGACUAAUGAAGAUCUUGCAGGAUUCUGGGAUAUGGUCAUGCUGCAGGUCGUUCAAGUCAAUAAUUUGUUCGAUCAUAUUGAUAAACUCAGGCGGUCACAGUGGCAAGAGAUUCCACAGGAAAAGUCAACACCCGCACAAUCUCAGAAUGGCACCAGUGCUAAGCGUCGUACUGUAGCUUCUCAAAAGCCUAAAUCUGCAGCUAAUACAGAGGCAAAUCGAAAAGCGCGUGAAGCUCGUGAACUUGCCCGCCGCCAGAUGAUGGAGGAACGUAGAAAAGCCAUGAAAUCCCAGAUACAACAGUCUGUAGAGAUUUUUGCGCCAAAGACAUAACAGAGGGCCGUUAUGGAGAUUGUUUCAAGUUAUGAAGACACGACGGUUUUCUAUCUCAGAUCUGUAAAACGCUCAUAGAUACUCAAACUGAAUGACAAAAAAAACGGAAGAGAAAAUAAUUAUGAAUAAUUUUAAUCGAUGAUGAAGUCUAAUAAUUAAUUAAGUUAAUGAACGAAAGUCAUAAAAUAGUUAUUUGCAGUGUUGAAUCGUGGAUUCUCGCGUGAUAGAAGUUGCUAGAUUUUUCUGUUUUUAGUAAUUUUCGGUGAUUGUUUUUCAUUUUAUAUCACUGAUCACUUUAAAAAUUUAGAAUGGUUGAAAAUCAUAAAAAAUCGACCGAAGACUCGUUAAUUUAUUUCUUUAUUCCUGACGGUUAAAUAAUUACCGAAAAUUAUUCGAAAUAUUCGCCUACCAGGAAUAUUGACAACCCAUAAAAAUUAGAUUGAAGAAUCCAUUACAAUGUGUUAAAAACGUGCGACUGAAUAAGUUUCAUAUUCCCCCGGUUUUUCUCGUGAUAUCUGUGUAUGUAAAUAGUUUAAUAAUUUUUCAUGAUUGACGUUGCAAGAUAAAUGUCUGUUCCUUUUUUUAAUGAGCUUUUUGUCCAUGACUGCGCCCAACCAGAGUAUUUUCUUUCUCUUCUAUUAAUGAAAAGCAUUUGACGAUUUAAGUAUUAAAUACGAUUCAUGAUGAAUAACUGGUGGAAUUUUAAAAUGUGAGAGGAGAAAGAAUGGGAAAAAUUUUUUAAUAAAAAACUGAAAUCUAUGUUGAGUCGUUGAUGAUGUUGUAUCGAUGGCUUUCAAAGCUUAUCUACCAAAUAACACAUACCUAACUGAUACUCAUAAGCCGCGAUGUUUUUUUACUGUAAAGAUAUAAAGAUGAAAGUUACAGAAAUCUGAAAAAUCAUUGAAUUAAGUUAGAAUAGUUUUAAACCACAAUUGAAAUGAUAGGAAUAUGAACGAUUUUACAAUCUCCAGUGAAUGACCGUUAGAAAAUUAUUUCGCUCAAAAUUGUUACUCGAAUGAUUAUCGAUGUUCUGAAAUAAAUAUGAAAAAUAAUUCUAAUAAAUGUCUUUUUAGUAGGACAUAUGUUCAGAGAGUUUGUCCUAUGAUAUUCCUGCUUGAGGACUCUUCAAGAGAAUUUGUAUAUAUGAGAAUCAUUUUUAGAAAAAAAAAUUGGCUGCAUGAAUCUGCGAACGAAAAUCGUCAAAAAGAGGAAUGGGACGAAUGGAAUUUGUGAAUUGAUUAUUAUUAUUAUUAUUGUAACGUUAAAUCUCUUUCUGUUUUCGAUCGAUUUGCUUAGUAAUUUAUAUUCACACGAAAAAUAAAUAUUACUUCUUAUAAAAAAUA